UGCUUAUCAAUUCAGUCAGCUGAUGGAAUGCCCUUUCCAUUAAGCAUUAUCAAGUAAAUUGCUAUGUUUAGAGGCAAAACACUCUGCCAAACCUGGAUAAGAAGCGCUUUCGCAUUUACAGCGCCUCAAAAACAAUUACAGCGUAGUUGGCUGAUAGACGAACAAUUACUAAACCGUAGCAGAGCAUCAAUAGCACAGACGCAGCAGCACCUGUUUCGUGGCAUGGCUACGGGUGGCGAGACAAAGGCGCAGUCGCCUAAGCACGUUAACCGAUUGGCAGCCUCCAAGUCGCCAUAUUUGCUACAGCAUGCGCACAAUCCCGUCGACUGGUAUCCCUGGUGUGAGGAGGCAUUUGAGCGUGCGCGUACCGAGAAUAAGUUGAUUUUCCUGUCUGUGGGCUACUCGACGUGCCAUUGGUGCCAUGUCAUGGAGCACGAAUCGUUCGAGGACGCCGACACGGCAGCCGUGAUGAACAAACAUUUUGUAAACAUCAAGGUGGACCGAGAGGAGCGACCCGAUAUUGACAAGGUCUAUAUGCAGUUUCUGCUCAUGUCCAAGGGCAGCGGCGGCUGGCCCAUGAGCGUUUGGCUUACGCCCGAUCUAGCACCCCUCGCAGCUGGCACUUAUUUUCCGCCCAAGGCGCGUUAUGGCAUGCCCUCGUUCACUAUGGUGCUGGAGUCCAUAGCCAAGAAGUGGCAAACGGAUCGCACAUCACUCAAGAAAGCGGGAAGCACGCUGAUGGAGGCCAUGCGAACCAAUCAGAAUGCUGGAACCGACGGCGAAGCCGCCUUUGAGCCUGGCAGCGCUGAUGCAAAGCUUGCGGAGGCGCUGACGGUGCACAAGCAGCGCUUCGAUCAGGAGCACGCCGGCUUUGGCCGUGAGCCCAAGUUUCCGGAAGUGCCGCGUCUCAAUUUUCUGUUUCACGCCUAUUUGGUCAGCAAGGAUGUGGACGUGCUGGACAUGGUGCUGCAAACUUUGGAUCAUAUUGGACGCGGUGGCAUUAAUGACCACAUUUUUGGUGGAUUCGCUCGUUAUGCGACCACGCGAGACUGGCAUAAUGUCCACUUCGAGAAAAUGCUGUAUGAUCAGGGCCAGCUGAUGGCGGCGUAUGCCAAUGCCUACAAGCUAACACGCAGCAAGGAGUUCCUGGGCUAUGCGGAUCGAAUUUACGAAUACUUGAUUAAAGACCUGCGUCACCCGGCGGGCGGCUUUUACGCUGGAGAGGAUGCCGACUCCUUGCCUACGCAUGAGGACACCGUAAAGGUGGAGGGUGCGUUCUAUGCCUGGACCUGGGAUGAAGUGAAGAAGGCCUUCGAAGCGCAGCAAGCGCGCUUUAAUGAUGUCAGUCCGGCGCGUGUCUUUGAAAUUUAUUGUUUUCACUAUGGCAUGAAGCCGGCGGGCAAUGUGCCACCUGGCAGUGAUCCGCACGGCCACCUGACGGGCAAGAAUAUUCUGAUAGUGCGCGGCUCUGAAGAGGACACGUGCUCGAAUUUCAACAUGGAGAUGGCACAACUCUCCCCAUUGCUGGAGACAGCCAACGAUAUUCUUCACAAAGUCAGAGAUCAGCGUCCGCGGCCUCAUUUAGACACCAAGAUCAUAUGUGGCUGGAAUGGCCUGGUGCUGUCCGGUCUCUCAAAGCUUGCCAACUGUGGAACGGACAAGCGGGAUGCGUAUUUGGCCACAGCCAAGCAGCUCGUGGAGUUUUUGCGCACACAUCUGUACGAUGGGGAGCAAAAGUUGCUGUUGCGCUCCUGUUAUGGCGCCGGCGUGCAGGAUAACACGCUGGAGCAGAAUCCUACACGCAUCGAGGGUUUCCUGGAUGAUUAUGCUUUUCUUGUCAAGGGAUUGCUGGACUAUUACAAGGCAUCGUUGGAUAUGAGCGCUCUGCACUGGGCCAAGGAACUACAGGUGACACAGGAUAAACUCUUCUGGGAUGAAAAAAAUGGCGCCUAUUUCUUCUCACAGCAGAAUGCGCCCAAUGUCAUUGUUAGACUCAAGGAAGAUCAUGAUGGCGCAGAGCCAUGUGGCAACAGCGUCGCCGCACGCAAUCUCACCCUGCUGUCGCACUAUUUCGAUGAGGGGACAUAUUUGAAGCGUGCUGCCAAGCUCCUAAAUUACUUUGCAGAUGUUUCACCUUUUGGUCAUGCAUUGCCCGAGAUGCUGUCGGCGCUGCUGCUGCAUGAGAAUGGGCUGGACCUGGUGGCAGUCGUGGGUCCAGACUCACCAGACACCAAACGCUUCGUGGAGAUUGUGCGCAAGUUCUAUGUACCGGGCAUGUUAAUUGUCCACUGUGACCCGCAGCAUCCGGACGAUGCGUGCAACCAGCGACUCCAGCAAAAAUUCAAAAUGGUCAAUGGAAAGACAACCGUAUAUAUUUGCCAUGAUCGUGUCUGCCGGAUGCCGGUGACUGAUCCCGCCCAACUCGAAGAGAAUCUGAUGGCCAAUUUCUUCAAGGAGCGAAUCUAAUUAGAUAAACACCUAUUGACAUUACUCGAAUUAGGAAUUAGAAUUAUGUUAUUAUUAUUAACAAUGUUAUAGUUUAGCUUUAAAAGCUUAAAUCGGUUCACGGAACUUGUUCUAUUAUAGCCUUAGCUCCUCUUCUGUCGUAUUAUCCAUGUUUGUGUGCCUCUUUAGCGCCUGAUUAAACAGAUUUUACGAAAGUUUCCUUGUGAGGAA